AUGGCGUCCUCCGGCCCGUCCGCCGCCGCCUCUGUUGUCCCGCCGCCAGCGCCCUCUGGCGCGGCUCCACUACCGGCCCCGCCGCCGUAUGGGGCGGCCGCCACCUACGACGCGCCCGUUCCCACGUACGAGAAUCCUACGUACGGGGCAUACGGGGCUCCGCCCGCAUCCACGUCCGGGUCUCCACCUGCGUACGGGGCUCCACCCGCGUACGAGUCUCUCGGGUACUGGUGGGGGUCGUCAGUGGGCCAGCACUCGCCCGCUGGGCAGCAGCCUGACGGCGCCAGCACCUGCAGCAUCUGUCCAUGGGCCAGCAGAAAGUCAGAUGCACUCUCCACUUUGACGGCUUUUUACUCCUAUGUCAGCACGCAGUUUGGGCGUCCCAUCCUUGCUCUUUAG